UAUUUCUGUGCGUAAUGGGGUUUAUUAUGACGUCAUUUGUUUUGUUUGCGAAGUUAGUGUUCUCUUAACCCAUGUUUAAAAAAAAAAAUCACCAUUUUCAGGUGUUUUUUUUGCCUGAUGAACAAGGAAGUAACGUUCAUUCAGAAAUGUAGGCCAGGAUCUUCAGAGGUACCUAGGCUUGUCACUGUUGCAAUGGGCAGCUGUUAAGGGCCUUUCUUAAAUCUUUCCAUGUCUAAAUGGACUCCUGAAUGUAAUAUAGUUUAUACUCUAAAAGCGGAUAUGAAGAGUGAAGUUCCUUCUGAUGCACCAAAGAGACAGGAGAGUCUGAAGGGGAUCCUCUUGAACCCUGAGCCUAUUGGGGCGGCCAAAAGCUUCACUGCAGAAGUUGAGAUGAUUGCCAGUAAAGUAGGGAAUGAGUUCUCUCACUUGUGUGGUGAUUCUCAAAAGCAAAAGGACAUGAAUGGCAACCAUACAGACCAAGAAAAAGGUAUUGUGGUGCGAAAAAAACGCAAGAGCCAGCAGGCUGGUCCUUCAUACACUCAAAACUGUCCUGAUAAAGAAAAUAAAGGAAUUUUAGGAUUGAGACAGCAUCUAGAAACACAGAGUGAAGACAAUGAUUCCUCUUUUAGUGACUGUAUCUCAUCGCCUUCAUCUAGCUUGCAUUUUGGAGACUCUGACACAGUAACAUCUGAUGAAGAAAAAGAUGCUCCUGUGAGACACCCUCAGGCAGUGUUGAAUACUCCAAGUAGAACUCACAGUGCAAGGUCACAAAAGUGGCCUCGGACUGAGGCAGACUCUGUACCCGGGUUAUUGAUGAAAAGGCCCUGUUUUCACAACAGUUCUUUAAGAAGACUUCCAUAUAGGAAGAGAGCUGUGAAAACAAGUUCAUCACAGCGGACACAGAACCAAAAAGAACGAAUUUUAAUGCAGAGGAAAAAGCGGGAAGUGUUAGCUCGAAGAAAGUACGCUUUGCUCCCCAGUUCUAGCAGCUCCAGCGAGAAUGAUCUCAGUACUGAAUCUUCUUCCAGUUCAUCUACUGAAGGGGAGGAAGACUUGUUUGUGUCACCUGGUGAAAACCACCAGAAUAGCACAGCUGUUCCUUCAGGAAGUAUUGAUGAAGAUGUUGUGGUGAUUGAAGCAUCCUCCACUCCCCAAGUCACUGCUAACGAAGAAAUAAAUGUUACCUCAACAGACAGUGAAGUGGAGAUUGUUACAGUUGGUGAAAACUACAGGUCUCGUUCUGCGCUCGGCCACUCGAGAUCGCACUGGGGACCGAGCUCCAGCUCGCACGCUGCCCGGCCGCCGGAGCAGCGCUCCCGCAGCAGGAUCUCCACCGUCAUCCAGCCCCUGAGGCAGAACGCAGCCGAAGUCGUGGACCUCACUGUGGAUGAAGAUGAGCCGACAGUUGUGCCAACCACAUCAGCUCGAGUGGAGCCGCAGGUCGUGAGUUCUGCUUCCACUUCCAGCUCCAGUACAUCUACCUCAGAGCAGGCCUCUGAUGCAGCUGCCAAUGUCUCCACCAGCCAGCCCCCUGCAGCACCAGAGACCACUCCCAGUCUCCCCAGUGGCAGCACUGCUGGCACUUCAACUGGAGAUGAAAUAAGAAGAGCUGCAUCUAAUUCAACACUGGAAACUGGCCCUCCGGCCAUGCCAAGGCUACCAUCGUGCUGCCCCCAGCAUUCUCCUUGUGGAGGACCUUCACAGACUCAUCAUGCAUUGGGACACCCACAUACAAGCUGCUUCCAGCAGCAUGGCCACCACUUCCAGCAUCACCACCAUCACCACCACAACCCUCACCCAGCUGUCCCACUGUCUCCUUCCUUCAGUGACUCCAGCUGCCCUGUGGAAAGGCCUCCUCCUGUGCCCGCCCCGUGUGGAGCAAGCAGCAGUUCUGGCACCAGUUACCACGAGCAGCAGGCAUUGCCAGUAGACUUGAGCAGCAGUGGUAUCAGAAGCCACGGCAGCGGCGCUUUCCACGGAACGUCGGCUUUUGACCCGUGCUGUCCUGGCUCUUCGUCGCGCACGGCGCUCUACGGGCACCAGGCGGGCGCCGGGCCCAGCCAGGCGCUGGCCAUAGACGGGUACGGCUCGGGCAUCGUGGCACAGCCGCAGCCGCCGCCCCAGGCCUCGCUCUCGUCCUGCCGCCACUACAUGCAUUCUCCCUAUGCUUCCUUGACCAGACCUCUUCACCAUCAAGCUUCUGCAUGUCCUCACUCUCAUGGAAAUCCUCCUCCACAGCCACAACCUCCACCUCAAGUGGAUUAUGUUAUCCCUCAUCCAGUGCAUCCCUUUCAUCCUUCAAUCUCCUCUCAUGCAUCUUCUCAUCCUGUUCCACCUCCACCACCAACUCAUCCCUUAGCCAAUGCAGCUGCUCCAAUACCACAGCAUCUCCCUGCAACACACCAGCCAAUAUCCCAUCACAUCCCUGCUACAGCACCUCCAGCACAGAGGCUACAUCCUCAUGAAGUGAUCCAGAGGAUGGAGGUCCAGAGAAGAAGAAUGAUGCAACACCCAACACGUGCUCAUGAGCGGCCUCCUCCACAUCCUCACAGAAUGCAUCCUAAUUAUGGUCAUGGGCAUCACAUCCAUGUGCCUCAGACUAUGUCUUCCCAUCCUCGACAAGCUCCGGAGAGAUCUGCCUGGGAACUAGGAAUUGAAGCUGGUGUGACUGCAGCUACUUACCCUCCAGGGCCCUUGCAUCCUCACUUGGCCCACUACCAUGCACCUCCUCGACUGCAUCACUUGCAAAUAGGGGCUCUUCCUCUAAUGGUACCAGACAUGGCGGGCUACCCUCACAUCCGUUACAUUUCAUCGGGAUUGGAUGGAACAUCAUUCAGAGGCCCUUUCAGGGGCAAUUUUGAGGAGCUGAUUCACUUGGAGGAACGACUAGGCAAUGUUAAUCGUGGAGCAACACAGGGAACUAUAGAAAGAUGCACAUAUCCACAUAAAUACAAAAAGGUAACAACUGAUUGGUUCUCACAGAGGAAACUGCACUGCAAACAAGAUGGGGAGGAAGGAACAGAAGAAGACACAGAGGAAAAGUGCACCAUCUGUUUGUCUAUAUUGGAGGAAGGUGAAGAUGUCAGGCGCCUUCCGUGUAUGCACCUUUUCCACCAAGUGUGUGUAGAUCAGUGGUUGAUUACUAACAAGAAGUGCCCCAUUUGCAGAGUGGACAUUGAGGCUCAGCUGCCUAGUGAAAGUUGACACUGCUUUCCAGAACUCUUGUCCUCCCUCUCACUCCCUCUCAUCCUUCCUGGUACUGCAGUCAACCAAAGAUGGCAUGACUUACCUGCGCAGAUUUGGAAGCAUUGAACCCAGAGUGCUGGCUCUGCUAUAUGGUACAACUAAUGCUAGACCUACAGUUUAUGUAGAAGACAGUUGAGUUUCAGUGUAUUUAUAAAUUUGUUUUGUUUUGUUUUACAUUUUUUUCCUUUAAAUUCAUUACUGUAUUUUUGCAUGGUUCCUUGUAUUGCAUUUGUUUGCACAUAUUAUGGGCUUUGUGACCCCAAACUUGCAGGCAAGAUUAGCUGCUUUAGUAAGUAGAAUUGUGUGGUCUCUUUUUUGGUUUGUUUUAUGUAGUAUCAAGCUUUGAAAGUAUGAUUUCACUCAUUACUAACCUUGAAUUCCUUAAUUUAAUCGAUCAUAUAUAUUUUAGUUUAAAUGUAUAAAGAUCAUCUAGAAAAGGAUAAUAUUAUGUAUUGAGACAUUCCUUAAUUAGGAAAAAAUGGCUGCUGUAUAUUUACAAGAUCAGUUAUGAGUCAGAUAACAUCCUUAAUACUGGGAACAGAAUAUGAAUUAUAUUCAGUUUGACUGAUGCAUAUAGCAUACUCAUCACCAGAGUUUUUGUCUGAUCAGGUUUUUGUGUUUGUUUUAAAAAUUUCAGCACAAUGCAGAUAUAUUUGAAUGUCAAUAUUAAACAUUUAGACUGCUGUUCA